AUGAGCGAAGAGCUGAUCCAACAGUUCGUGUCCAUCGGGUUGAGUGAAUCCAAAGCCAAAGAGACGCUCAAGAAUGAUGUCUUAAGCAAAACACUGAACGAAUUGAUUGUCGAGACCAACAAACACGUGAAGACCGGCAAUGGUCUGAACAAAUCGAUCGGCAAACUUGUCUACCAAACGGCGACUACCAUUAAGUCCCAAAUCAGAUCUCAUUUACCACUUCUUGUCGAAUAUAUCGCUAAAGAGAAGAUCGAUUCGGAGGUGAAGUUAAGCGCAGCCAUCGAUUACUUGCUGACAAACCCAUCCACCGAUAUCGACAUCAAGGCCUUCGAGACCAGUUCUGGAGUUGGAGUCGUCGUCAGUGAUAAACAGAUUAAAGAGAGCGUCAAAUCUCUUAUAGAAACUCAUAAAAAUGAUUUAAUCGAAAGUCGGUAUCGAUUUAACUGUGGAUUACUUUUGGCACAAUUGAAGAAACAGAUGAAGUUUGCCGACGGAAAGGCCAUCAAAACAGAGGUCGACCGACAGGUACUCGAACUCUUGGGCCCCAAGACUGACAAAGAUAUGGCAAAACCUGUCAAAGAAAAGGUUAAUAAAGCGGUGAACGACACGAAGACUCAGGCAAAUGGAGAUUCAGUAGAUUCCGGAGAAAACAGUUUGAAUUUCAUUGAAUUACUUAAAAGUAAGGCUCACUUCCAUAAAGUGGGAGAAAACUUCAAAACAGACGGAUAUGUAAUCACCGAUAAGACUAUGGAGUUGAUUGCGAAACAUUUGAAGCAAACGGGCGGUAAAGUAAUGACCCGUUUCCCUCCCGAACCCAAUGGUAUCUUACAUAUCGGUCACGCGAAGGCCGUUAAUGUGAACUUCGGGUACGCGGAGGCGCACAAUGGCUUCUGUUAUCUCCGAUACGACGAUACGAAUCCAGAGAAAGAAGAAGAGAGGUUUGUUCGGGAGAUCAAAGAGAUGGUCGAGUGGUUGGGAUAUAAGCCCUUUAAGAUCACACAUUCCUCCGAUUAUUUCGAUCAGUUGUAUGAAUGGGCGGUUCAUCUGAUCUCGAAAGACAUGGCUUAUGUGUGUCAUCAGAAAUCGGAAGAACUGAAAGGCUUUAAUCCUCCGCCGUCUCCGUGGAGGUCACGACCCGUCGAAGAAAGUCUCAAACUGUUUGAAGACAUGAGGAAAGGGAAGAUGGCUGAGGGAGAGGCCACUCUUCGCAUGAAAGUGACCCUCGAGGAGGGCAAACAGGAUCCGGUGGCCUAUAGGAUCAGAUACACUGAACACCACCGCACAGGCAAUAAGUGGUGUAUUUAUCCGACUUAUGAUUUCACUCAUUGUUUAUGCGAUUCCAUUGAAAACAUCACACAUUCCUUGUGUACCAAAGAGUUUCAAUCGCGCCGUUCGUCUUACUAUUGGCUCUGCAAUGCGGUCGACACCUACUGUCCCGUGCAGUGGGAAUACGGGCGCCUAAACAUCAACUAUACGGUCGUCUCGAAGAGAAAAAUCGCAAAAUUGAUUGACGAGAAGAUUGUGUCCGAUUGGGACGAUCCCCGACUCUUCACUCUAACAGCUUUAAGACGUCGAGGCUUUCCUCCCGAAGCCAUCAAUUCAUUUGUUACUAAAAUGGGAUUAACGGGUGCUCUCACUGUUGUCGACCCAAUCAUGUUAGACACCAUUGUUAGAGAUAAUCUCAACUUAACCGCGCCCCGAGCUAUGGCUGUAUUAAAUCCAUUAAAAGUACGAAUAACUAACUUUCCAUCGGAGACACCAUUAGUUCCCAUAUAUCUAGAGGUUGCAGACUUUCCUUCGGACCCAAACAAUAAGUCUUCGCAUUUGAUUCCAUUCGAAAGGGAGUUAUUCAUCGAUCGCUCGGAUUUUGUGGAAGAGACUAAUGAUAAGAAUUUCAAGAGACUGUCUCCGAAGCAAAGGGUAGGUCUUAAGCACUCGGGAUAUGUGAUUGAAGUGACCAAAGUUGUGAAGACUAGCGAUAAUAAAAUAGAGAGUUUAGAAGCCAUUUGCCAUAAGGUGUCUGAUGUGGAGAAACCCAAAUCAUUCAUCCAAUGGGUGUCCACUCCGAUCGUAUGCGAAGUCCGUCUCUACGAGCGUUUAUUUAACCACAAGAAUCCCGAAGACCCUAACGAAGUGCCCAAUGGUUUCCUCUCGGACUGCAAUCGAGACGCUCUGACUAUCAUUAAAGAGGCAUUUGUGGACACGUCUGUCAAAUACGCCAAACCCUACGAUAAGUUUCAGUUUGAAAGGGUCGGCUUCUUUAGCGUCGACCCCGACUCCAGACUCGGAAGACUUGUUUUCAACCGAACUGUUUCUCUGAAGGACUCGUCCGCUAAGAAUUGA